UAUACCAUUGACCAUUCACAGGCAGAAGGUGAAUCCAGCGUCUGGGGGGACCUCUCUUGUCUGUCUGCUGGCAAUCUGACCGACUAACAUCACCAACGCCCAUAAAGCGGCAAUAUACAGGAAAUAAACCGAGCUCAGAAGACGAGCCUUCUUUUCCCGUCUUCCGCCCGACUCGCUCAGCUGUGUCAGUGUGGUGGUCGUGAUUUUGCACUGAAUCCUGUUGUAUAACGUUAUCAGUUAUAGUUCUCUGAUGCACAGCAUCAACUGUAUAACUUAAGUUAGCUGCUUAUUACUGCGUAGCUAGCUCUCUCCUGGUGUGGACUCACACAACGUUGACUUCGACUGCUUGAUUCCAGUCCACCCGAAAAAUGGCAACCCAGAUCGAUAAAGAGGCUUGCAGAGAGGCUUACAACCAAGUCAGAGACGAUAACACGGACAUCAAUUGGGCUGCCUUUAAAUAUGAGGGCUCUAGGAUCGUGCCUGCAGGACAAGGGACUGACUAUGAGGACUUCAAGAGGAUGUGCACAGAUGAUGCUCGUCUGUUCGGCUUCGUCCGGAUCACGACGGGAGACGCCAUGAGCAAACGAGCCAAGUUCACUCUAAUCACCUGGAUCGGUGAGAACAUCAGCGGGCUGCAGCGCGCCAAGAUCAGCACCGACAAGGCGAUGGUCAAAGACAUCGUGCAGAACUUUGCCAAGGAGUUCAUGUUUAGUGACCCGAGGGAACUGGACGAGGACAACAUCCGCAAAGAGCUGAAGAAGGCGGGUGGAGCCAAUUAUGAUGCUCAGGCCGAGUAGAGAAGUGCCACGGUCCACUGGAAGGGUUGGGGUUGGAGGGGUGUGGUCAGGGUGGGGUGGGGUGGAAUAAGUGGGGGUGGGGAGUGUUGGGGCAGGGGCUGCUACCUCUUGGGGAGAGGGUGAGGAGAGAUGGAGGGUUGCGCUUGACGAAAGGGAAAUGCGCACACUGAACACACACGUUUUACUUUCCAAGUGAGGUCCAGCAAAGAGACCUCAUGGUGAACAGUUUGUUUAUUUACAAGAACACAUGUACACACAGCAGAGAUGCACCAGGGGCAGUUUGUAGAACCAGUAUCUCAAAUACUAACCAAACACUUUUAUGCUGCUUAAUAAUGUCUUAGAAAAACUUCUCUUUAGUGUAUCGUCUUAUUAAUUUUCUCUCAACAACAGCUUCAGAAUGAAUUAAAAGAUUAACAGACCAGAGUUACUGUAGUUACUGAGUGUAUUGCCGUGUAUCCUGACAGUACUGAUGCUGUUGGUGCACUCUAAAAUGAUAACAUCUGCAUCAGGGCGCUUAUAUACUCGAUUUUAACAAAGCUGGAUUGUUUACUUACUUGCUUGCAUCAGUUUGUGCAUCUGGAAGAUUUAAAAAGUACAUUCACAGUGCAUCUAGGGGCAGAUCAGAGCUUAACCCCUGGCUAACACUGGAACAUCUCCCUUGAGACCUUCAAAGGUAACAGUAGUUAAAAGGUAGUUUGAUAUAUUUGGAAAUAUGCCAUUUUGCUUUUUCCCCCCAGAGAUACACGAGAAGAUUGAUUCCACUUUCACAUCUUUUCGGUAAAGUCCUAGCUGGAGCCGGCAGCUGGUUAGCUUAGCUUAACGCAAAGAAACAUUGAAACAGCUAGGCUGGCUCUGUCCAGAGGUAAAAGCCCACUAACGAACAUUUAAUGGUGAUCUCUGAGGAAGCACACAACCAACGCUCGGAAGGAGCACAGAAUAUGCGAGACUGUCAUCAUGUGCACACAAACGCAUAAUUAAAAGCGAGUGUAUAAGCGCUCUUAAAGAUCACAGACUGCCUUCUCUCCUCUCCUACCCUCUGCCCUCUCCCCGGUCAGCUCAUGGUUGGUUAUCUACUGUGCUGUGCAUCAUCAUCUCACAAUCAUCCUCGUCUCGGCUGGGCUGCAGCUGACCAAUGUGAAGUUAUAUCACGGCUUCAGCACAGUUUGCUUGGAAUAUUUUCAUGUAAUGAGGAUGUCAAUAACUUGAGGGGUUUCACUUCAGAAUGCCAUAUUGUGAUCAUGUUGUAAGAACGAGCUCCUUAAAAAGGAUAGAUGUCUCAUUUUGAAAUUAAAUUCUUUGCUUGCAGGCGUGCGUUUGACACCAGAGCAUGCUCUUAGUCAUGAUACACUGUACCUCCAGAAGGAAAAGAUCUCCGUUUUCUAACAAUAUCCGCGGUGAUGGUUGGCGGCUUGCUUUGAGUAAGCCUGAGUCAUAGUGCUAAGUACAUAUUUAGCCACCUCUUCAUCUCUAGCCAGACAGCUGUGUUUGGAUUACAGCCUCAAAGUCAACCACUACAUCUUGUCCUGAGAUGGACUGUAAUUCAUCCUCCUGUCUUCAAACUUGUGCUUUAUGCUGUGAUUCCCUUUUAUCACUAGUCCAACUGUAUUUGUGUGAGUGAAUAUUUUUAGACCUUAUGUCAGAGUACUUUUUACUUUUCCUUUCCAGUUUCUGUGGGACAUAAUUGAGAUUAGCAGUUUCUAGGGCUGGGGCAGAAUUUGUAGAAGAUUACAUAGCAUAGAAUGAGAGUCUUUGUCUUACAGGAGGCUUUACGUCUGUAGGUAAUAUGUCAUAGAAAGAGAGUAACAACUGAUGUGUUGGUCCCUCAGCAAGAAGUGUGGAAUUUUCCCCAAAAUCUCAAAGGAUUUAGAGAAUGGAGAUCUUUUCUUCUGGUGUCUCAUCUCACGAUCAACCACUUAAAGGUAUCCAUGCAUACUGUAACCUACUGUGUUUGACUGCCUUAGUCUCCCAGGGAGAGAGGGGCAUCAUGGGAGCUUGCGGACACUACACUGUGAUUGGCUGUCCUCCUUGCAUGGGGGCAGGACUUUGAUUGGCAUGUGGCUCAUCAUGACGUGGGCCCGGGCUAUCGUCCCAACCCAGGAGGAGCCAUUUCUCUGUAGUAGCAUCUCUGUUUGUUUGGUUUCAACCCUCCCUUCCCCCGCAAAAAAAAACACAACUGCAUUUUUUUUUUUCUUGUGCUAUUUUGUUUUUGAGAUUAAUUUUCUUUUCUCUGAAGAGUUUUACCUUUGGAUUUUAUUUUUAAGAGCAUUGUUAACUUUGACAUCGACGAAAGAGAUUUUCAAAAAAAAAAAAACAUUGCAAAAAAGACAGAAAGAAAACUGAGUGGGCACAAGAUCAGUCAUUUCAAAAUAAAAAUUGAUGUUUUUUUUCCAAAA